UUAAGGCAAACAAAAUUUUUUCGAUUUUUUUCAAAAUUCUAGACCAGGUUCCCUCCUUAAUCCAAAUGGCUUUAUUUUACGGCUUACAAUUAAGUAAGAAAACUCCUGCUUGGCUUGAUAGUUGCAAAUUAUUCUACUAUUCUUUUAAGUACAAAAAAAAACUACGCAAAUUGUGAGUAUUUUUGAGAAAUGUAAAUAUUCGGAUGAAUCAGCUUCUGUUCCACAAUUAAUUUGCUUCAAAAUUAAAAGCGUACAAAUAUGUAUUUAGUUAGUUACACUGAUAAAAAUAUGUCACUCAAAUUCACAAGAGUUGCUGAAUUUGAAAAACGAAGCAAGAUAAAGAUGGAAAAGUAAGAAUAAACUGAGGCAAAGUAAACACAGUUGUAUUCAUUUGUAUCUACAUUCAUGCACGCGUAAAUAAUAAUAUAAUAAUUAUAUAAUAAUAAUAAAAAAAAAAAAUAAAUUCAUAUGUGCGUAUGUAGGUACAACCUGCUGGCUUUGUUAGCCAUAUUUAUAAUAUUUAUAAAUUAAAUAAAAAUUCACAUUAAAAACACAUGUUUGCUGGUGUUUAUGUGUUAGCAAAAUAAAUGAGUUGAAGGCAAAAACUUAUUAUAAAGCGAUAAGAUUUUCCUCUCUUACGUACUGCUUGGUGAACAUGUACAUGUACAUAUGUAGGUAUGAAUAUAUUAAAGCAAGAAAGCAGACUGUUAUUAUGUCCACUGAAGAUUUAUGUAUAAGAUAAAUCGCUACGCCUAAAACAUGUCUGUAUACAUACAUAUGUGUAAGUAGGUAUAUUAUCAAUUUAAAAUAUUAAAUAUGUAUGUAGAAGUGUUUUUUAUUUAUUUAUUAAUACUGUUUUUUUUUAAUAAGAUAAAGUUUUUAACGGUGACGAAUGAACAGUGGAGUGAAUAGCUCUUCAUGAAAGUAUUUAAAUUUAGUAUUAAUUUAACAACGUGGAAGGCAUUGUUUUCGUGGUGAUAAUUGACUAAUAAAAUUGAAUCAUUUAAUUGUUUGCACCAAUAAAUUGAAGGAAAAUUCGAAUAAAAAAAUUAUAAAAGAAUAAUUUUAACAGAAAAUAAUAAUAACUUCAGACAUAGAUAAGUGUGAUGAAAAGAAAGUGAAUGAGUUUUUUGAAUAAUAACGCAAUGAAUAUAAGCGGAAUAAAAAAUUUGUUAGGAAAUUCAAAAAUAAAUAAUAACAAAAUAAAGAGAAAAGUACACAGAAUCCAGAAUACAUGAAAAUAUAUGAAUGUAAAACUUCUAGCCAUUCACAAUUUAGUUAUGAAAGGGUUUUUUUUUUGUGAAUAAUUUCUUCAGAUGUUCCAUAUUAAGCGCGAAGUGCUACUUCCGCUAUUUAUGCAGAAACCAAAAAGGGGUUUCUUAGAUGUUGACGUGGUAAAACCUGAGAAAAAAACAAAAAAAAAAAUUAUUUUCCAUUUCUCGAGCCCACGCUCAAAAAUUGAAACUCGGGAAAUGUGAAUAACAAAACUAGCAAUGCCGGCAGUACGCUUCUUACAUGAGAAUCAUGUAAAAGACGGGUAUCAAGUGGAGAGCCAUGUAUUCGAAUUGAGAUCAAUUCCAAAGUUACCAUACUAAAAUUGAGUCCCCGCGGUAGCGACCUUGAGUGUAUUUCUGAAAUGAAAAUAAAAAGCUUCAAUCAAAAAAGGUGCCUAUGAAGGAUAAUUUCAAAUAAUUCAAGAAUAAUAUAUUGCUAAAAUUUCCAAUUUAUGGUUGGUGUUUCGGUGUUUUUUCCAACAAGUGAAACCAGCUGAUUCUUCCAAUGUUUCCAAUGUUUUCGCAAUGCGCAAUUUUUUUUCUCGAAUUGUCAAUAAUCAGUCCGAAGUAGCAUCCGUUGGCAAGAGUGCUUCUGCGUUAGAUUCGAGACUGACGAUGUCGUUGACUUUGAUGGGGGUACCAAGAACUAUGAUUGUCAAGCCGCGAAUAUGUAUUUCUUCUUCGUCGUGUUCACUACCAAACCCAAUUCCUUCGUCACUUUGUCUAAUCUGGAAAAAAUUGUACAAUUUUACGUACUCUCACACACUUGUAAAAUAUUGUACAUCGACUCGGUAAGCUUCUACCCAAUUCUUACUCUACGACUGGUAUUGUCCUGCGCCAGUUUACACAGUUGGUAAUACCGAAAUCAGACACGGUCGCAUAAAUGAAACUCCUUUUCUAUUAAUUACGAUUUUGGAGGUUGGUCUAGUCUGAGCUCGAACCGGCGAUCCUUUGCAUGCUUGUGUGCACUAUAAUUGCAUAUGCCAGACUUUUUUCUCAUCAAAAACAGUUAGAUUACAAUUGAGUCCCUUAGCUUUUGCUUUACCUUCCGCUUUCUUGAAUUUUGGCGUUGGAGUCUUGAACACAGAAUAAAAUAUUUUUUAGUUCAUGUUGUAUAAUAUAUAAUAUAUAUUUGUAUGUAAAACACAGUAUACUGAAUACUUAUGUCCUGCCUAUUGGGACAGUUCUCUCCGAUGAGUGAAAGAUAAAAUUUGAAAAUACGAAAAUAUUAUUCCAAACCACGCAUUGGUUAAAUAAAAAAUAUAAUAAAAAAAAAAAAAAAAGUACAAAAACAAAUCGAUAAGCAGAGCGCACCCGCAACCACUCAGAUGGCCGGCUAUUGCUCGCUACCGCUAGCACCGGCCACCGCCACAGCGGCCAUUGCCGCAGCAGCAACAGUUGCGGCCGGCGCGUCGCCACCCGCUGUCGGACCGACGAUGUAUCAUCACCAGUCGAUGACGGCUAUGUCGAAUAACGGUAUUAUUUAUCAAUCGGCGGUACACGCCUCCAUACACAGUUUGAAUACAGUACAAAAUCAGCGUUCUACAACAACACAUCAUCACAUUUUAGCAACGGCGACAGCAACAGCAGCAGCAGCUGUGGCCACAACACGUCAAUACGGUGGUGGUGCAGCAGCAGCAGCAGCAGCAACAACAACAACAGCAGUACAAGUAGCGGCCACAUCAUCGCCACCACCGCCGCCACCACUGCCACCCGCACCACCAUCGUCGGCAUCGGCAAGCAGCAGUGUUGGUGCUCAGUCGGUGCUGACAGCGGGUGCUGUGGCUGCGAGCCAUCAUGCGUUGGCAUUGGCCUUGCCAUCACAACAUCAUGUCCAACAAGCCCACCACCUACAACAGCAACAGCAACAACAACAACAGCACCACCACCCGUUGCAGCAUUCCCUUGCCCACCAUCAACACCACCACCACCAACAACAACUGCAGCAGCAGCAGCAACAACAAUCACAUCAUCAGCUGCAACAUCACCACCACCACCUGCAACAACAUGCGUUUACUGCUCAGCAACAGCAACAACAUCACCAUCACCACCAUCACCAUCAUCAUCACCAACAAUUGGCACUACAUCAGAAUCACUUGUAUUUUGGCGGAGCGUCUGUCAGCGGGCAUCCGGGACAUCCCCAUCACCAUCUUCACCAUCGGCAGAUCUUCAGUCAAAUGCAGGCGGCCAUAAUGCCAUUGAAUAUUAAUGGCGAACCUAUCAAACUUCCAGACAAUUUGGAAAGCUUGCCAAGAGCUGACAGUUUCCCGUCACAGCGACAUCGGUGGAAUACAAAUGAG